CUACAAAAAGUCAUUAUAUAGAUCCACAUAUCAAUUUCACUUCAUCUUCAUUAAUAAUCGCUUCUCCAUCUAGCUUUUACCACCAUGACCAUGGCUCCAAAAAUAUGGGAUGUUCUCUGCGAAUCUAAACGCAUAAUAUAUACCCAACCUCGUCACUACCUCACUCUCUCCCUCAUCUUCCUCUUACCUCUCUCUUUCUUCUCCCUCGUCUUCCAACUCAUUUUCAACCACCUUCAACAACAACAACCCCCCACAAGCCCUUCCAACAUCAUCUCCUUGUCUCUCUUCUUCUUCCUUUUCUCUUCCAUCUUCACAUACGGUGCCUUUAUCACCAUCGUUCGCAGCGUCUACCACUCCUUUUUCAAUCAAACCAUCAAAUUCAAAGAAGCCAUAAAAUCCAUCUCCACUUCCUUUUUCCCCCUCCUCGCCACAGACAUAGUUACUUUCGUCAUCUUUUUCUUCUUCUUUUUUCUCCUCCUACUUCUAUUUGGAGUUGUCUUGUUUCUCAUAGUUUAUCUUGGAGAUAUCAACCUCACAACCCACCCUUACUUUAUUGUGUUAUUUUCCAUGGUUCUUACGCUUGUUUUACUCCCUCUUGUGGCGUAUUUGUUAGUUAACUUGAGCUUGGUGAAAGUUAUCGUGGUGGUGGAAUCAAUUUGGGGUUUUGAACCAUUGAGAAGAAGUUGGAAAUUGGUGAAAGGAAUGAAGAGGUUGAUCUUGUCAAUCUUUUUCUUGUUUGGGUCCUUGCAAUGGAUGUUGGCGUGGUUAACUCGUUAUAGCUGGGUACUGAUUUUAGUGAUUUCUCCUAUACUUGCUAUGCUUUCGCUUUGCAAUAUUGUGGUUAUUACGGUGUUGUACAUUUACUGCAAGGAGAAACAUGGCGAGCUAGCAGAUGAAGAAUUUGGGAAGGAAAAGGAUGGGGCUAGCUUGUCCUUAAUUCCAAUAUAGAAAUGAUUUAUUAAUUCCAAGUCUAAAGUUAUCUUUUUAUAAUCAAUAAAUGAAUGGUUACACUUAUGUACCUGAAUCAAUAAAUGAAAAGUCAUGUAUUAUUUCAUCAAA